GUCUUUGGGUCCUAGCGGCCACCUGUGGAGAGAGAACAGGACGAGAGUGAAUCAUCGAAGAGCAAACUGUGAACGUGAUACCUACCCAGAGAGCUGUAAGCAGCAGAACCGUGACUAUCUGUGGGGCACAAGGCGAACGUGGGCGGACGUACGACAGGGAACGUAAGGGCACGUGGGGCGAGGACCCCCUGCCGACCCGAGGAAAGAUACACCGACAGUGGAGAUCCUCCUUACCAGUCACACCAAAAUUAUUCUGCCUCCAGGACGGAAGAAGGAGGGCGCCACGGUUAGCAGGGUCCAGGCCGGAGCCUGACGUUUCCCUUUCUCCCCCGGCUUAUGGUGGUUGGCACCCCUGUUGCCCUUGGCCUGUCUGCCCGUGGCUGCAGUCUCCCUGGAGGGAGACGAAGAGACCUAUUAGUUUUAAAUUCCCCUUUCCCCCAAAUUCCCAGUUCUUUUAGAUAUUUAAACUAAAUAAAGCUUGUUUUAAAUUUUACUUACCUGUUCCCGUGUUUGUCUGGUCAUUGGGUUGGCUUUGGGGACCUCCUCGAGGUGGGAGUUGCAAAAGGGGCGUGGCUUUAGUUAAAAUAGCCAGCCCCUGGUGGUGACAGAUUUUGGCGUAGUCGGCAGGGCCCCACCUCGAGUUGAGUAACCAAGGUCACCCAAUGACUGACAACGCGGGGCCUGCAGCCCCACCCCGUGCCACAUCUAUCAUCAUGGGAAGCCCAUGGAUCCAGAAAUAUGGAGGAGCAGAGUCGGAGGUACGACUGACCGAAUGGAAGGCCCAAUUAGAGUACUUGGCCGACUUACAGGGCCUUAGCGCCGCUCAGCGGCUCCAGUUUGUGUUGAACUCCCUAGAGGGAGAAGCACGGCGAGAGGUACAAGCCGCCCCCGAAGCAAUCCGAGCCACCGCCCAGACUGUGUUCCAGUUCCUUACUGAGCAAUAUGGCGACCAUACCCCCGUAGCUGUCCUCCGUUCACAAUUCUUUAAUUGUAAGCAAGGCCCCCGACAACCUAUUAGAGCUUUUGCCCUCAGGCUGCGGGAGCAGUUCACUCGCCUGCAGGCCCGACGAGACCAUGGGCUAGGAGACGGAGAGACCUUGUUACGCGACCAGUUCCUCCUGGGGAUGAAAGAGGGCCCCGUGAGACAAAGUCUGAGGGUCCAGUUUCGACGGGACUCCGGGCUCACCUUUGAGGACCUAAAGAAGGAGGCGCUGGCCUUGGAAGGUGAUGAGGUCGAAGUAAGUGAAACCCCUGUAUGUGCAGCCGUAAGUGGGAACACCGCAGCACCACCUGAACACGCAGAUUGGAAGCAAGCCCUGAGAGUAGAAUUGUUGAAAGAUGUCCGAGAGCAGAUGUCGGAGCUAUCUAAGACUCUUCUGGGAGAACUUCGCCAAGGUAGGGCGCGAGAGGAACCGAGGCCGGCACCCCGAGAGCGAGUCUACUCUGAGAGGGGCCGAGAGCCACCGGGGCGCCCGAACCGUUUUAACCGGCCCCGCUUUGAGUGGGAUGACCAAGGGCGGCCAAUCUGCAAUCGUUGUGGAGAACCAGGGCAUUAUAGCCGUCAGUGUGGGCCUCGCAGGACAUCGGAAGGGGGUUUUUAG